CACAUCGUCGUCAUCAUCAUACCUUAGGACAUUAGAAUGUCGCAAUGAAAACAUCCAUUUCAGAGUAAAGCUGACUGUAUGCGGAUACAGAUAAUUAUAGAUGCAAAUGAUUAGCUUACAAGGUAAAUACACAACAGCAGAAUAAUCGAUCAAAAACACGCGGUGCACCGAAAAAACUCGUUUAACGCCAACUUCGUUGUGUGUCACUAGGAGCUACCUGCUUCAGCAGUCAGGUAACAGGAGUCUGAAAUGUAACUGUUACAUGUUGACAGUCAAGAUAACGACUUGAAAAGUGUGCAUUAGGUCCCUUGUUAACACACACACACUCUCACACACACACGCACACAAACACGUACCCACGCACGCACAUAUUUAGGAAAGAACAGUUCAAUAGCGAGUCAAGAGUGAACACACGGAGUGCAGUCGGGAGGAGGGCGAGGAGUGUGACCCACCCUAAGAGUAUUUGUGAGGAUCAAAGUAGAAAUCGUGCUAAUCCGCUCUUUGGAGGGAGAGCCGCCAGCAGGUGAUCGAUACCCACCCUGACCCACGCGAUCACCGCCAGCCACCACACUGACUGGCUGAUCGCCAACCACAGAGCCUGCUUGUUGUAAAUCAUUUGACUGCUCUGGCAGGUGAAUGGAAACCGAUCACCAGUCGUUCACACAAUUUCCAGUGGACUGAACGCUAAAAGUAUGUGUUUGCUCCAUGUGAACAGUAGAGACCCCGGGGGCACCUGUCCAGCCGCCUGAAAUGACGGAAGCUUUCUGGGGACGUUGAGUGAACAUUCUUGUUGUCCUCGAGGAGUUACUAAGCGAUGAAUAAGAUGCAUUCCAGCUGCAAGGUGACUGAUCAAUGUUGAGCACUUUUGUUGGGUCAUCAAGUUUCCAAACUGAACGUACAAAGAAACAUCAGGAAUGUGAGCUUGAAACUGUUCGGUGUCUGAUGAGCCCGAGGCGCAUGCUCCGUUGUGGGAGGUUUUGCUGGGCGUGCCGUGCCGUGAGGUUGGUGUCGGGACGUGUUGAUACUUUCACUGACCUGCUGGAAAUGGACGCAAGCUUGUGACUGUGCACGCAACCCAUUGUUCAGGAAAAUAUCCGCUCACUGGAGUCAUCGUCCACAGAGUAGUCUCUCAACAUGGUAAUAGUUACGAAGGACGACUUCGUGUGGCUGGACCCAGAGAAAGAUGGCGAGUUUGCCGUCGCCAUCGGCGCCAGGGUGCUUCAGACGGAGUCCGGCCGCACCAAGGUGGUGGACGACGACGGGCGAGAGCUGUGGGUGGACAGCAAGCGGCAAGUGCGCCGCAUGCACCCGACUUCCAUUGAGGGUGUGGAGGACAUGAUCUCUCUGGGAGAGCUCAAUGAGGCUGGCAUCCUGCGGAACCUGCUCAUACGUUACAUGGACCACGUUAUCUACACAUACACGGGGUCCAUCUUGGUGGCAGUCAACCCCUAUGAGGUGUUGCCAAUCUACAGUACCGAGCAGAUACAGGCCUACCAGAACAAGAGGAUCGGUCAGAUGCCUCCGCACAUCUUCGCCAUCGCCGACAACAGCUACAACAAUAUGCAACGAUACCAGCACGACCAGUGCAUCAUCAUAAGCGGCGAGUCUGGCGCCGGGAAGACGGAGAGCGCAAAGCUGAUCCUGCAAUACCUGGCGGCCAUCAGUGGUCAGCACUCGUGGAUUGAACAACAGGUCCUGGAGGCCAACCCUGUCAUGGAAGCUUUCGGGAACGCGAAGACCAUCAGAAACGACAACUCUAGCCGUUUCGGCAAGUACAUCGACAUUCAUUUCAACCAAAAGGGUGCAAUAGAGGGCGCCAAGAUCGACCAGUACCUGUUGGAGAAGACACGCAUCGUCAGCCAAGCUCGUGACGAGCGUAACUACCACAUCUUCUACUGCAUGCUGGCCGGCCUGUCUCCUGAGGAGCGCCACAAGCUCGACCUGCAAGACGCCACACACUACCACUACCUGACGCAGGGAGGAAGCAUCGUCUGUGAAGGACGGGAAGAUCAAAAAGAUUUCAACGCCAUUCGUUCGGCCAUGAUGUUGGCCUUCAGCGAUACAGAGGUGUGGGACUUGUUCAAGGUCCUGGCGGCUUUGCUGCACGUCGGCAAUGUCCAGUUUAGCGCUAUAGAGCUGCAGAACAUGGAGGCCACGGAGGUCAAGGACAUCUCGUGCGUCAACAAGGCGGCGCGACUGUUGGACGCGACCGCGCAGCACCUGGUGGAGGUGCUGACCAAGCGGACCAUCAAGACGACGGAGGACAGCGUGACGGCCACCAUGGGUGCCGCUGCUGCCGUCGACGUGCGAGACGCCUUCGUCAAAGGCAUCUACGGCCGCAUGUUCGUCUGGAUCGUCAACAAGAUCAACGCCGCCAUCUACAAGCCGCCGCACAAGGGGCGCUACCGCCAGUCCAUUGGUGUGCUGGACAUCUUCGGGUUUGAAAACUUCGUGAACAACAGUUUCGAGCAGCUGUGCAUCAACUAUGCAAACGAGAAUCUUCAGCAAUUCUUCGUGAAACACAUCUUCAAACUGGAACAGCAAGAGUACAACUUGGAAGGCAUCAGUUGGAAGCAUAUCGAGUUUGUGGACAAUCAGGCGGCUCUUCACCUCAUUGCAGUCAGCUCCAUGAACAUCCUGGCUCUCAUUGACGAGGAAAGCAAGUUUCCCAAGUGAGGAACUGAUGAUGACUCCGGGACUGACGACACGAUGUUGGAGAAGCUGCACCAUCACCACACGAGCAACCCACUCUAUUUGAAACCCAAAGGUCAACAGAACCGCACCUUCGGGUUGUCGCAUUUUGCAGGCUCCGUCUUCUACAACAGCCGGGUUAUGCUAUUUUUAUGCCGCCAGGGUUUCUUGGAGAAAAAUCGAGACACCUUCAAUGCUGAUCUCAUGCGGUUCGUUAAUACCUCCAAAAGCAAAUUUCUUCGCUCGCUUUUUGCUGCUGAUGUCACUACGACAAACUUACCUGGCAAGGACACGGUGCGCAGGGCCCCGACACUGGCGGCGCAGUUCAAAAAGUCGCUGGAAUCUCUCAUGAAGACCCUGAGUCAGUGCCAGCCAUUCUUUGUGAGGUGCAUCAAACCUAAUGAGUUCAAGAAGCCGCUGGUGUUUGACCGCGAGCUGUGCUGCAAGCAGCUGCGCUAUUCGGGUAUGAUGGAAACCAUCCGCAUCCGGCGAGCUGGCUACCCCAUACGUCAUCACUUCGACAAGUUCGUCGAUCGUUACCGCCUGCUGGUCACCGGGGUGGGGCCGUCUCACAGAGUGGACUGUUCGGCUGCGGCCGCCGCGAUCUGUCUGCAAGUCUUCAAAAAUGCUGACUACCAGAUUGGCAAAACAAAGGUUUUUCUUAAGGAUGCCCAAGAUGCGUACCUGGAGCAGCAGCGGGAGCUGGCGCUGACGGAGAAGACGGUGCUGAUACAAACGGCCGUCCGCUGCUGGUUCUACCGCCGACGUUUCGUGCAGGAGCGCACAGCCAUCGUCACGGUGCAGCGACAAUGGAGGAUGAUAGCCGAGCGACGACGGUUCCUCAAGAUGCACAAAGGCUUCCUUCGUCUGCAAGCGAACCUGAGGUCCCGCAUCCUAGAGGCGCGCUACCGGAGCAUCAAAGACUGGGUCAUCGGCCUGCAGCGGGUGUGUCGCGGCUACCUGAUCCGCCAGUGGUCAGGGAAACGCCUGAUUGCUCUCAUUAAGAUCCAGGCGGCAGUGAAGACAAUCGUCGCUAAGCAACAGCUUCGUCGUUUGCUUUUGCACAAGAAACACCCAGAACUACCCAUGGAAAAACUGAGCAUGCCAGCUGGCAAACAAGACCAAGCAAGGGGAAUUAGGCGAGAAGGCAGGGAAAGCAUCACGAAGGCUGACACUGAGUUGGUGACCAGCCUCUUUGAAGGUCUGGACAACUCUGAGGAGUUACCUACACCAGAACCUCAAGGGCAGCCACCACCAGAAUACGAAGAUUUCAAGUUUUCCAAAUUUGCCUCGGCCUACUUCCAGCACAAUGCUUCUCACACGUUCGUGCGCCGGCCACUCAAGUACCCGCUGCUACCCGUGCGGAGUCCUGAUGAACUUCUGGCAGCGUUGACUGUGUGGGUGGUCAUCUUACGGUUCAUGGGAGACCUUCCAGAACCUCGGCCACGAGCUGGUGACAAUGACGAGGAAAGCAAGUCCACGCCUGUGAUGGCCAAAAUCUACGCGACAAUCGGACGAAAGGUCAGCCAGCAAGAUCUGGAGGACUUCAGGAGAGAAGCGGAAAUAAUGGAGAAGGAGAAGAACCACGGACCUACCAGACGAACUCUGAACAAACCACCUCAAGGAAAGCUGGUGUCACUCACCUUGAAGAAGAAGUCGAUGAUAUCGGACAUCGAUGAUUACAAUGACACAAAGCAAGAUGGCGGAAGAUCGUUUCUGGAGAACCAGCCAAUGACGCACCAGGAAAAGCUACACUUCAUCAUCGGACAUGGCAUUCUGCGACCAAACCUUCGGGAUGAAAUCUUCUGUCAGAUCUGCAAGCAGUUAACAGAAAACCCUUCAAAGACCAGUUACAACCGGGGAUGGAUUCUACUUUGCCUUUGUCUCGGGUGUUUCACACCUUCCAGCCGGCUGUUCAGCUACCUGCAAAACUUCAUCAACUCAGGUCCUCCUCGAUUUGCCAAGUACUGUCAGGCUCGACUGCAACGGACGAUGGCCAACGGACCUCGUAGCCAGCCGCCGAGCCACGCGGAACUUGAGGCGACUCGUCUAGCCAAGCCCAUCAUGCUGUCCGUCGUGUCCAUGGAUGGAGAAGUCAAAGACUUGCAGGGCGACUGUGCCACCACCGCCUCUGAACUGUGUCAGCAAAUCGCCGACCGAAUCAGCCUCAAAGACCGCUUUGGAUUCUCUCUUUAUGUUGCAGUCUUUGACAAGGUCGCAUCCCUUGGGAGUGGUCGUGAUCACGUGAUGGACGCCGUGUCUCAGUGCGAGCAGCAUGCCAAAGAGCAAGGAGUACACGAGGACAAAGUACCCUGGAGACUUUUCUUCCGCAAAGAGAUCUUCACUCCUUGGCACGACCCCAGAGAGGACCGGGUGGCCACUCGACUCAUCUACAAGCAGAUCGUGCGAGGGGUGAAGUCGGGUGAAUACCGUUUCGAGAAGAACGAGGACCUGGCGCUGCACGCGGCCAAACACUAUUUCGUGGAACACGGGCGGAAGGUCACGCCAGACGCUCUGCAAAACAUCAUCAACACCACCAUCCCCGACUCUCAGCUCCAGCGGCCUGAAGCUGUGAAAAGCUGGAUGACUCUGCUCGACAACAGCCUCAAGCAUCAGUACUUUUCUGCCGAGGGCAUCGAGCCCGAGAAGGUGAAAGACGAUGUGGUGAUGGCCGCCAUGCACAAGUGGCCUAUGCUCUUCUCACGAGUCUUCGAGCUGCGGUGGUCAGCAGGGAAAGGCCUCUCUGCCAGUGAGGCAGUCCUGGCGGUCAACUGGACUGGUGUGUACCUGCUCAACGACAGGGAGCAAGUGGUGCAGGAGAUGCCCUACCCUGAGAUCAUGACCAUAUCAGAGGCAAAGACAGACAACAGGCAAGGACCGGGCUUUGAACUGACCCUAGCCAAAGGAGCUAAGUACACUUUCCUAACCUCCAGUGAGGCGCAGGAGCUCAUUGCUUACAUGUGGAACGGCCUGAAGAAACGGUCUCGUCACGUGAUCGCCACACAGGACAUCAAUCCUGAAAGUGGCACUGACCUCCUGGCGGUCAGAAAGAAUGACCUCAUAGUCUUACAAUACAGCAGUGGGCCAAGGAACAGAGUCCAGGCUGGUUCUAUGGCGAGAAUGUCCGGACUUCCCGUAAAGGCGACUUCCAGUCCGAGUGUGUCCACAUCAUCCCAAUACUGUCCUCACCCUCAAGACCUUUUGAACUUACUGAUCAAGUUUAGUGGAUUAUCAGCGAUCGAGUCGACUGCCCCAGAGGUAGAUGCCGCGGUGGCGAAGAAUGAGAGCGCGUUCACUCUGGAAGAAUAUUCUAAGACACAUUUCAGCAAGCCACUCAAAGACCUGAAGAGUGGAACUGUGAGGUCCUUCAAUCGCCAGGUGGAGUUGUGGCGCUACUCGAAAGAAACGUUGAUGCAGCCGCUGCUCAAGAAGGUGAUGGAGAACAGCGAGCUCAGAGGAGAUGCCUGCAGGUGCUUCCUUGCUAUUCUCAAGUACAUGGGUGACCACCCCACCAAAAAGACGAAAGUGAUCACAGAGCUGACCGACCAGAUCUUCGAACCACCCCUAAGAAAUGAGCUUUUACGAGAUGAAGUCUACUGUCAAAUCAUGAAGCAGUUGACUGACAACUUUAACAGGGUGAGUGAAGAAAGGGGCUGGCACCUAAUGUGGAUGGCUACAGGAAGCUUUGCUCCAAGCAAAUCUCUUCAUCGGGAACUACUCCAAUUUCUUAACACCAGAUUGUCGCCCUUUGUGUCAGGAUGUCUUCAGCGUUUGGAGAAAACUCUAAGGCACGGGACUAGGAAAUAUCCGCCACACGUGCUGGAAGUCAACGCCUCUCAGCAUCAUGCAACCAUCCUCCACAAGAUCUCGCUGCCCGACGACACUGACGAGGCCUUUGAGAUCGACUCCCAUACAAGAGCUGAGGACAUCUGUCGGGGUAUCGCAGGGAGACUCGCUCUGAAGUCCUCAGAAGGGUUGUCAGUCUUCAUCAAGUUGGAAGGCAUGGUGAUCAGCGUUCCUCCCAACGACUUCUUUUUUGACUUCGUCCGAGAAGCGUCGGACAGCGUGUGGAAAACUCGUCCAGCGUAUGACGGUACUCCCCCGAACUUUACCUAUCAGGUGUUUUUCGUCAAGAAACUUUGGACAAAUGUUGUCCCGGGUGAGGACAAAAAUGCUGAUGUCAUAUUUCAUUACCAUCAGGAACUUCUGAAGUAUCUUCGCGGUUACCAUGCUUGCCCAGUGAAGGAGACCGCUUACCUGGCCGCUUUGAUCUACCGGGCGAUGCACGGAGAUGACGCCACUCACCUGGUCAACUUCCCUGCCGUACAAAAGUUGCUGAUUCCAUUAGACCAAAUGAAAUCACAAGCAUCGUAUGACUGGAAGAAGGUCGUCAUGGAUAUGUUCAACAAAACCAAAGGCAAAAGCAAGGACGAAGCGAAGAUCGAGUUUCUGAAAACUGUUUACAAGUGGCCAACCUUUGGGUCCGCAUUCUUCGAAGUCAGGCAAACGUCUGAACUGAAAUACCCACAGCACCUGCUGAUUGCCAUCAACAAGAACGGUGUCCUUCUCCUUGACCCUAAGACCAAGAAUCUUCUCGUCACAUACCCAUUCAAUAUGAUUUCGAACUGGAGCACUGGUCGCACCUACUUCCAUCUGACCAUCGGAAGUCUUGUUCAAGGGACAAAGCUCAUGUGCGAGACAGACCUGGGUUACAAGAUGGACGACCUACUCGACUCCUACGUCAGCUUGAUGGCGGCCAAAAUGAAGCGCCAUCAUAACAUCUAAUGACGUCACAUCCGCCUACACUAAUUCCCAGCGUGCUGGGGACUCCUCAGCUUCUCCUCAGCAGUGGACAAGGACUUCGUUACAUUCCUUAUAAUUUUUUUAGCCAGCGGACAGCGAUCUCUAUAUGCAUCAUAAUGCCCUGUCAUCAACGGAUUCGUUGAGUUUUUGAAAUUCAUGUCUCGCUGGUGAACUUGGAAGUGAAGCUUUCACUUCUGUAAAUUUCUAGAACCGUCAACCUCCGUCGCUUGACAUGUGGAAUCCAGGAUGUGCACACUUCAUCAGCUGACUUCUUUGUACAUUGGACAAAGCAUCAUACACCGCAAGUAUCCUCCCUGCUCAUUCCUGCAGCUAAUGGAACAAUAGUAUUCUAUUUAUCAUUGCUGUCUUAUUACCCGCUUACAUCCAGGCUUUUCUUAGACACAUCCGAAUGAGUCUUUUAUAAAAAGAGACUUUUCAUGACUCUCCCGUACUCAGGAUGUGAUAACAUGAAGGUUGGUCAAGACCUUCGAGAUUUUUUGUGUGAUAGACAAAGGUCUCGAUGAACAAUCCUUCUUGUCGAAAAUAGACCCUUAUAGGUAUGUUAGUCGCGAAGUAAGGAACAAUCUUACCGAUUCUAUCAAUGCUUUCUGCGGAAAUAUUGAAAGUGGCGCAAAAAUGAGAUUAACGAUUGAAAGCAGAUGUAAAUCUGGAUGUCUGGUGAUUGAUUUCAAAGAAACUCCUCCCCUCCCCCACCAAAAAAAAAGAAAAAAGAUUUUGCUGGAGAGGGGAAUGUGUUACCCACGCUUUUGCCUUCUAUUUAUUGAAUAUUUUAAUACUAGUGACUGUAUGUGCAAACAUGUUUCCACAGUAUUCAAACACUUUUACUCUUGUACACUUCCACCUAUUUCUUUCAACAGCGCAAAAUUUGUGGUGUCAACAUUUGAUUUUGCAGCAUCAUUCUUUUUUAAUCCCAUUCUAUUGUUUCCGUUCGGUUCAUAUUGUGUGUUACUGCUUUAUUGUGACUAGUUUGAAAAGAAUUCACUUGUUGAUAUCUAGAUUUUUCUGACGAUUGAAACAUUUUUUAUGUAUGCUUUCAAAGUGUACAGUUUAUAUUGUUAUUUCCCAUCGUAUUUUAUAGUCAAUGUUAUUUCAUACCGCAUUUUGUGAGAUAUGUAUUUUCUUGAAAACAUCGGCAGAGGCUAAUAUGACUUAUCGCGAUACCUAUCAGACAUUAAUGUUAAUGAUACUGCAGAUUUAUGACACUUUUUGAAAAAAACGAAUUCAUGCUAGUGAUUGGAGGAUGGAAAGUAUUAAAAAUUGAGUGUUACUCUGAGGAAUUAUUCCCUUGACCACUGUUGGCUGUACAUUAGUCAGGAGGCUAAUCCUUGUCCAAACUUACGCCACUGGUUGACUUUCCAGAAUGUUCACUGAUGUAAUUUUGAACAAGUCUUUUCGAUUAAAUUUUGUCUUCAUACUAUGUUGAAAAUCAUCCGGUUGUAAGUUUAUUAACAUAUUUAAUGUUCGUGUUCGUAUUUGGUGAUUAUUACUGGAAGUUUGAAGUUGUUUUUUUUAUCAGUUUAAGAAAUGUCAGUUGUUGUUAGGUUGCUCGCAUGUCGUGUGGUGACUUCUUUCUGAACAUCAGUAACUACUUGGUAUCAUUUAGCUUACAUUCCCUGUAAUCACCUCCAGGUGGUCUGAACUCUCAAAUACAAAUUCAAGCUUUUGAAAAAAAAAUAGUCAGUAUCUGGCAAGGAAGGUUCAUACUUUGUGUUUUAAGUGUUUGCACAUGAUGUAUAAGAAAAGGACUCGCAGUGAAUCUUGUGAAUCUUCUCCAUCCUGUUGCCUAAAGUAAAUACUGCAAAUUGGUUUCCCCUUCAUUGCAGAGUUGCCUCCCGCAGUUGGCAAGGUUGUGUAGAAUGUUUGCUCAAUGAAGGUGUGACAGCAGCUGGGGACCUGGGGAAAGGGAGAUGACAACUUUAUAGCUACACGACAGACCAUCAUACAUCCUUGUCUUGACAUUUUCAUGAUGAUUUUCUUUCUCCGUGUCUUCCGUGAGUUUUGUGCCCCUGGUUUAUGUCCCCUGCAUUGAAAAUCUAACGUGCCGAGGAAACAUAGUUCAUACUUAACUAGUAUUAGCGUUUGUUAAACAAAACUGUUUAUGGGCCCAUCUUUUAUAAUGUUUCUAAAUAAACCUUUUUGUCAUCGUC